CUGAAAAAAUUCUCAUUUCGCGUCAUCCUGCUGUCCAAAUUGGACAACGUUUAACAGAAACCUGAAUAAUUUCAAAGACAUUUUGUGACUUUCAAACGUCGGUGACUUCGUAAGAGUGUGUGACGAUGGCUGGAGAAAUGUCUAUGAUUGGUUCGGUAAUUCUGGCUCUUUUCCUGGCUGGAUAUCUGGGCCAGCAGUAUCUGCCGCCCCCCAAACCCAAAGUCAUCGGCUUGGACUUAGGUACCACCUUCUGCUCGGUCGGUGUCUUUCAUCCGGGCAGCGGAGAAGUAGAGGUGAUCGGAGAUGAAGAGGGCAGGAAGAGCAUCCCUAGCGCCGUCUCCUUCACUGCUACUGCGGUCCUGGCCGGACACGAGGCCGUGGAGUUGGCUGACAGCAACCCUCAAAACACAAUCUACGAUGCUAAGAGGUUUAUUGGAAAGAUAUUUGAGCCAGAAGUCCUGGAGCAGGAGAGCGUUAGAUACCCGUUCAAGGUCUCAAACAACAAUGGAAGUGCAGAGUUUGUGAUCUCUACCAACUACACCUUCAGUGUAAGUCCAGAGUUCAUCGGUUCCAGGCUGCUGCUGAAGAUGAAGAAGAUGGCUGAGGGUCAGCUGGGUGUAUCUAUCCAGAAGGCUGUCAUUUCGGUACCAGCAGAAUUUGAUGAAAGACAGAGGAACUACACUGUCAGAGCUGCUAACCUUGCAGGUUUGGAGAUCCUGCGUGUGAUCAACGAGCCCACAGCUGCAGCCCUUGCCUACGGCCUCCACAAGGUGGACGUGUUUAACGUGCUGGUGGUGGACCUCGGAGGAGGAACACUGGAUGUGUCUCUGCUCAACAAACAGGGAGGCAUGUUCCUCACCAGGGCGAUGGCAGGAAAUAACAAGUUGGGAGGUCAGGACUUCAGCCAGAGGUUGCUUCAGUACACCACAGAGCAAAUCCGGCAGGAGUUUGGUGUCGCACCCGACCUCAAGGAGGACAUCCACCGUCUCCGACAGGCAGUGGAAGCCGCAAAGCUCAACCUCACCCUCCACCCUACUGCCACUGUCCAGGUGCCUCUGCACCUUCACUUGCAUGACAGUCCUGAGUCCCCUGAAGGGCUCACUCCCUCUCCAGUUCUCUUCCAGGUUUUGAUCACUCGCGAGUUGUUUGAAGAGCUCAACGAGGACCUCUUCCAGAAGAUUCUGACCCCUGUAAAGACCGUGUUAACUGAGGGCCACUUAGAGAAAGAGGACGUGGAUGAGAUUGUUCUGGUCGGAGGGUCCACCAGGAUUCCGCGGAUCAGGAGGCUGAUCAGCGAAUACUUUGGGAAGGAGCCCAACACGUCAGUAGACCCUGACCUUGCUGUGGUUACAGGCGUGGCCAUUCAGGCUGGCAUCAUGGGCGGCUCCUGGCCGCUACAAGUGAGUGCGAUAGAAAUCCCCAACAGACACUUGCGCAAGACGAACUUCAGCUAAUCUCUAACCAGGAUAUUAAUUUAAAUACAAGCCAGCGAUUCCUGAGUGUCACGUCUGUAACACAAUCUAACAUCUGCUGUGGGGACAAAUGGACACCACAAAGCGCCAUCAACUAAACACUGACAACCUGAUGGCUGUGCGACUCGUGUUAUGCUUCCUCUUUGAUUGUGAAAGGUGGUAACAAGGAAAAAGUGUGUUGACACAACAUUCCUGUAACGCUGACUUAUAACGUCUGCAGCGCCACUUCACAUUUUUAGUGUGACAUGCUUUUGUUGCACAAAGUUACAGCAGAAUGAACAUAUUAGGAUCACGCGUGACCGAGCAGCAGUUUUGUCUCCUGCUCUGUCGUCAUAGAAACUAAUAUGGUGUUCAAUUCAGGGAACCGCUAUUUGACUAGCCAGUACAUCUUCAGUUAUUUGUUUUUUUUGGUGGGGAGGUUAUAGUUUGUGUGUUUGGGAGAAUUUCACACCUCCAUUACAGGCUGGCACUGUGUGCUUGUGCCUUUUCAAAAAGCUGCUAAUUUAUUUGAAAUGAACAGAGGCCUUUAUCCAGCUCUAUGUGAUGCUUUGCACCUGUCCAGUGGAAGUCACUGGGAUGUUGAUAGACCUCACUUUAAAUAUGUAAUGCCUGCAAUUUAUUUAAAACUUGUCUACAUAUAGACCAUUUCCUUCAUUAUUAAAGUGAUCUGUUGAGGUUCAGAGGAAAGAUGAAGGAGCUUUAAUGAUUAGUUAGAUCAUUAGCAUCAUGAGUAAAACCCUGGUUAAAUUAUUGGACUCUGAAGUUGAAAAACGCUUGCUCACUGUUGCACUUUCAGGACUUCCGUCUGGUGGCCAACUUUACUUCUUUUGUGCAAUUUGAGUGGAAAUGACUUGCAGACAUCAGAGUAUUGCGUAGUCGACCAGGCUGCUUUGCUGCUCUGUCAGUCAUACAGAAGGACCAAAGUGUUGCUCACCAGUGCCUUGUGUGUUUGAAAUUAACAAAUGUGUUAUAGUCACAUUCAGAAUGUGUAAUGGACAUUCAUGUGAGGAUAUUUAUCCCCCCCCGACUGGUUGUUGCACAUGCAGUUAAGAUGUUGAUCUGCAUCUCUGGUGCCGUAAGUGUGAGCCCAGAAUGCACCCACAGUCCUUUAAUGCACUUCAUGUUUUUGUACAGUUAUGCUUCUUAUUUAAAUUUGGGAUCAUAACAAAGAGCUGCGGUAAAGUUACUGUAAGGAUCAUUUCAGUGUGGAACUGCACUGUGAUGUUUUUGUACUGUAAGUCUUACACAUUUUCAGACUCUGGCCACUUUAAAUAAGGUUAUUCAACUCUUGCGUUCUGCUUUUCAGCCUAUUAAAAAAAAAUAUUUCUCAAAUUUUGUGUUGUCCCUUGUUUUUUUUCUUUUCAAAUUGCACCUUGUAACCCUCUAAUUUCUGCACAAUACACUUCAGACAGUUUUAUCAGGUGUUGAUAAAGUUAACUCAUUUCACUCACUUCACUCUGGGAUUCAGCGUGGGUACAGAAAGUU